UUGUAUCAGAUGAAAUUUUUGUCCUUAAGCCAUGGUUAUUGAAACCUUAUGGUGGCAAGAGAUUACCACAAGACAAUGAAAUUUUUAAUUACAGACCUAGUUGCUGCAGGCGAACAAUAGAAAACAGUUUUGGUAUCCUUGCAGCAAGGUGGAGGAUUUUUCGCCGCCCAAUCAAAGCCAAGCCACAAACAGUUGACUUGAUUAUAAAAGCAUGCUUAUGCCUACAUAAUUAUUUACAGCUGACAUCCAAUGCCCAUUACAUCCCAGCUGGUUUUGUCGAUGCUGAAGAUAGUACAGGUAAUUUCAUACCUGGUAACUGGAGAAACAUUACUACGGGUGACAUUGGUGCUAUGGAAGCAUUUACAGUUGGAAGAGCAAAUAACAGAUCUUCCUUUGAAGCUAAUGAAGUUCGAGAAACAUUUAAGAAAUACUUCAUCAACAGAGAAGGAUCCUUAUCAUGGCAGGUUAAUUAUGUAAAUAGCUUUGGAAGUUAA